AUGCUGCUUCUCCCCUUGGUCCUGGUUGCUGUGGCGAUCGCUGGUGGCGAAAAUGAGUCUAAACUCACAGGAGACAACACUACACCUCCAUCCGUGACCACGCGUACCCUCCACUCGCUUGCGGCAGUUCUUGGGAAUGAGCUUGCAUUCAAUAUGGUAGAUAAGAGGGAUAAUGCUCUGAUAGAGACCCGCUCUAUCCAAUAUUUCAUCAGUGCCGUCGCCAAGCUACUAGGCCUCAAUGAGCCACAAGAUACAGCACUGGGUCAACUACACCUUGCGCUUGCAUCCAGGGGAAACAAUAACCUUGCUACUGGGUUGCUUGCACAUGCAUAUCAUCGUGGAGUUCUUGGAUAUCCCAAGACCGAUACGGUAGCACACUUUCUUUAUCAUAAUCUCAUAGACGCAUGGGCCUCUGGGGCCGAGCAUGCAUACCCUUAUGAAUAUACUAAUGUAGAUCCACUGCAGAUAGCUAAGUACGGCUCUAAGCACGAAUCUGAAACCAUGUCCUCAGCGGAAAGGGAGUUCAUGUUAGACGAAGCAGGCUUAAAUCCGGAAUCUGGACAAGCGCUACUAGUGCUUUCGUGCUUCUUGACAGGUGACUAUGGAUUCCCAAAGAGCAGUUUGUUCUUGGCUCGCUUUGCAGCUAUAGCCGCCAUUGUUGAUGGGACAGGGCAGAACGAAGAGCCCGAUCUUUUUGAUCUGACACUAGUUAAUACAAGGUUGCAAAAAUAUCUCAAUCCCUCCAAUUCUAACAGCCAUCCGGAUGGAUUUUAUCGAGUAAUAGACACAAUCCCUAACUUAGACCUCUACAAAUACAAGGCAAAUCUUGCUCUCAGUAACCAUGCAUAUAUAGAGGCGAUAGUUCAGAUUGUCCGCGCAUCAGAGGCCCUUCUUAUUGCAGAAUAUCCAGAAGUCUUUGGGUUUCCCGCAAAUAUUACAUAUUCUGAAUACUUAUCUCACCCAGAAUACAAUCUUAAAACAUCUAAUAGCACGCUCAUACGAGAAGCAAUCACAAUCUACUUGCGCCAAAGCAGACACUUUGUCCCGUUUGUGCACACCAUCCACCAGGAACUGGAGAAACGUGUCAACGUCUCAUAUGAAGAGUAUGCAGAGACACUUAUGCAUAGCCCGUGGUUUAUGCGAUCUCCCCAGGAAACAUGCACACGACGUGGCCAAGCGUUCGGAAUAAUUGCAUCCUCUCUCUUUAGUGGACACUCCGUUCCCGACGAAUAUAUGUCAAGCACCUUCAUAUUGCAAGCAACCCGCAUUCUUUACCUUAUGGCAGUGCACGAGGGCUGCCAUAUGGGCUUGGCCGGCCUGGCCUACCAGACACUAAUGGGCUUCCGCAUGCCUACUGAGGAUUACAUACACUAUGGCAACCCUGAGGCACACAUCUACCCUGUUACACAUUAUUUGAAUCUUAGUUCAUCGACUUUGCACAGCAUUGGCACACGUUCCUUUAUACCUGCAAGGCUCAUUGGGUUUACGACCAUAAAAAGAAUCAGCACUCUCGACGCAGCUCUUCCGAGGACCCUCGAAGCAAUCAUGGCAUUAGACAUAGCGUCAAUCUCUGGCAGCUUCGAGUCAUCCUUCUAUCUGAGUCUUAUUCUCUCCAGAAAGGUCACUGAGUUUAGCGUUCGCUCAUUUGGGCUUAAUUAUCUCUGGAGCCCGUCAAUGGCUGCAUUGAUUGAGCACCGCUUCAAGCAAUUGAAUGCAUCAAUCUAUCGGAACUGCUCUACUAACAGCUUAGAUUUGUAUGGUGGUGCACCCAUUAACACACAAUUUGCCAAUUACUUAGCAAACCACUCUGCUAAUGUGGGCCACCUGGGAGGACAGAUUGCAUCAGGCUACUACUUAUACACCGGUCAGGGCAGUCACUUCGCCAACUCUACCCAUGGAAACAACGUCUGGAACGUUGCUGCUCGCAGAAUUGUAGCAAGAGAUUACAUCUCACAAUAUGUUAAGUGUUUGACCACUGGCAAGGCUUCAAAGAAGAGGCAACUUUUAAGUGCCUACUUGGCCAACGGAAUGCUCGGCUGCCACACAAGCCUGAAGAACGCGGUGAAGAUGAUACUGGAAGCAGCAAAGCAUAGCUGUACUCACAAUGCAGUUCAUAAUGAAUCUAGCCUUAGAGCUUGGAGCGUACGAAGAGACAAGUGCCUCCUCCCAAAUCUCACCAUGUAUGGAAAUACAGAUACUAAAUAUGUGAAGAAGCAAGCUCACAUUUACCUUGCAGCUACCCUGCUGGCUAAUUUCUGUAGGGUUGAGGAUCCUGGGUGUGCCAUCUUAAUGGCAAAGGCCAUUAAACUGGAUGCAGCCGCUGCAAUGGAUGCAUUAUUCAAGAUAGACCUACAGGUUAACGACGUUAAAACAAUCGGCAAUGCACUUUACAGUCUAAUCUCCGCGAAUGGAACUUUCAUGCAGUACUAUUUGAAACACAGACUUGGAGCAGCGAGCCCCAAAUAUCGCAACACUACAUUGCUCAGAGAUAUUGGGCUUGUGAGGUACACGCAGGAACUUGCUAAUGCACACUCCCGGUGCCUUCUCUGUAAGGCCAAGGAGAUCCACAACAGAUUGAUAAAGUAUUAUUCUACCCCAAAAGAACCAUACAAGCAUAUGAUGGGUGUUAACACAACGAACAUUAUCACUCUGGUUGUCUCUUACAUCUAUAAUACGAUAGGAUUUAUCUGCGCGUAUCUAGACAUACUUUUAAGGUUAAUAGAGAACAAUCUGAUCAAGCGAUCGCUUCGAAUAUUGGAUAUGACUGCAUCUCUUUUGUACAUGAAAGCUCUCGAACCAAUAGGCACCGUUGUCAACUCUAUGCGAAAAAGUUUAUCUUCCAGUAUUACUGCUGUACGCAGAAUUGCUGUUGCAGUGUAUAUGUUAAUAGGUAGUACGAAGAACGGGGAUUCUUCACUCGAUUUAGACCUAAGAGCACGGAUCCUGGAUGCAGAUGACGAGCCGCUCACUGUUCAAGGGCACAUACUGGGAGGAAACUAUGGCAGCACCCAUAGGGGAAUGGCAACGGUUCCUCAGAGCUCUAGUGACUUUGCUCGCCUCCUUGACAGCUGCUACAUGAUUCCCUACUUGUUAGCACACCACGGGGCAUUCACUGGGGUCCAAGAGCUUCUAGACGAGCACUUAAAGGACCUCCCCUAUUGCCUCCAGCUCACAUCAAUAAUAUCAUCGGAGUCUGCGUCUGCAUUAAUGGAUAUUUAUGAUAAGAGUCCUAGCAAAAGGCAGCUGACUGAAUUCACGGAGCAAGACAUACACCAAUACUUACUAGAGUUAGAUAACGCAUUCCUUAACGUUCAGCUCCACUAUAGACUACCUGCAAUGAACUAUCUUUUCAACUACGUAAAGGGGCACCUUUUGUAUCAACGGCCAGAGUUAGGGUAUGAAACACGACGCAACAAGGACUUCAGAAACAUGCUAGCAUAUCAGACAGACGAAUUCUUGUCUCUGUUUGCAAAUUCUUCUGUUUUAACAGGAGCUACGUCCCUCCCAGAGUUCAGAGUCCUUACUCAGGCCUCUAUAAAUAGGCUUGCGAGCAUGAUCUCAGCCGGUAUAAAAGAGACCCAACUGACUGUCGAUGCUUAUCCACAAGUCGUGUGGGACUAUGGUCUAGACUUUGAUUGGCAACUCCUCAAUGGGAUACGCUACACCCCUCUUUUCACGGCCCAAACGUUAAUUAUUGUUGUUGUCAAGCUAAAAGAACACAUUCGUGCUUUUUCUGCAGCAAUGUGUGCUUUAUAUUAUCUAAUUCUGUACGAUAGUACAUGUGCUAUAUUUAAAGAUCGCAGAAAUGUGCACUGA